AUGGAUUUUGAAGAGCAAUUAGAAAAGGCUGAGAGACUCCCUACGCCGUCAUUAGUGGGAUCAUCGAUCAGAUCAGCCGAUGAUUCGGCGCAUAAUAAUUAUAUUCAUCCAGAGAAGUCGAAGGGGAGAAAGAAAGAAAACCCCCAAGGACACGGUAUAUUGAAUCAAUCAAUUGCGGCUUCGUUGGACGAUUUGAUGCGGGAAGGAGCAUUGUUGGGAUCAGAAGAGGACUUUGAGGAGGUUUUAGACGAUUCUGGAAACGUUAAACAAGAUGCUAAAUAUGCUGGAGAAGAUGGUCAUGCAACGAAUAAAUCGCACCUUAGUACGCUUGUAAUGAAAGGAGAUAAUUUAGACGAGUCUGAUGAUGUUUCUGCCGACAAGGACGAGAAAUCUGGAAAAGCUGUGGACAAAAAGUCGGAAAAGGGCGAUAAGAACGCAGUUUCGAAGGCGGACAGCGAGAAUAAUGCUUCUGUUAAGAAGGCAGACGAAAAAUCCGGAUCGAAAGAGCAAAAAGCAGGUAAAAUAGAAGAGAAGUUGUCUGCACCAGCGCUGGAAAAAAACCCAGGUGUUUCCUUCUAUAGCCAGGAAGAUUAUUCCACUCCAAACUUGUCAGAAUAUCAAUUGGACCAUCAAAUCAAUGAUCACAAAGAUUUGUUGACUAAUAUCCAAUCUCAUGAUCCUCAACGUUUGCCAAAUUCACAAUCAGACUACGUUCACGACGAUGAUUCAUAUUUCAAGAGACCAGUUUCUCCAUCUAAAAGAAGUAACACUUCAGCAGUGAAUAGGUUUAAUGAUGAUGUGACUAUCUCUGCUGGUGCGACCGAUGGGUUACAUACUCCAUAUUUCCAAAGGGAUUCGAGAUCGCAAUCUAGAUCUGGUGCAAGCCGCCUGGAUAGAUCAAGAUCCAGGUCGGCAGUUGCUCCACAUUUAGCUAGAGGGGAUUCUUACAAGAAUACAAAUAUGAACGAACCUUCUGCAUAUGAAUUGCCUCCGGGUUUGGCAGCAUCUGAAAUAAAAAGUGAAAAUGAAGAAGAAGAAGUUGAAGAAGAUGAAACACAAGAUAGAAGAUCCAGACAAUCUAAGCCAACUAUGGGUGAAUCUAUCGCUGCAGCAGAAGCUUCUAAGGACAAAUUGCCGACUACAGAUCCCAUUCCCAUGCAGAGAGAUACAUCAUUGGUUACUACUGGAGACUAUACUAAUUUCGACGUGGACAAGCCGGAACCUCAAGUUCAAGACUCGUCUAACUUAUAUUCCAUGAGAUCUGCUUCGUCAACUAAUUAUUUGAGAUCCAUUUCGAGAUCAAGGUCCAGACAACCUGAUAAAGAUUUGAGGGCAUCCAAUUUAUAUAAUGAGAAGAAUGAUGCUGACCCUGAAGAGUUGGUCAAAGGUGGGGCCUUAAUUAAUGAAGAUCCAUAUUCUACAAUAGGUGGUUUGGAUACCAUGGUAGAAGAGGUGUUAAAUCCUGUUAUUGAUAAUUCGGAACCAAGCAAGAAUAAAUCUAAUUCUGAAGAAAAGCCUGCCGAUCGUGAUGUAACAAAAAAAGAUGAUACGAAGGAGGUGAUUUCAACCGAUGAUAAGGAUAAGCCUAAUUCGAAAACUUUGGAUUCUACAAUGAAGGAUGAUAAGCUUGGAGGCAUUAUAAGUAAAGAUGAUGCUGCAAAACCCGUAGAUAAUAUGUCUUCAGUUACCGAAGAUGAAACAAAAUCUAAUGCCAAUGAUAACCAAAUCAAAAAGAGCGAUAAAAAAGAUGAUGUUGAUGUCAAAGCAAUUGAGCAAAUUGAGUCAAGUUUAGAAUCUAACGACUCAAUUCUUGAUAGAGCACAAUCUCUUACCUCAGAUGACAUACAUGGCGAUUCAUCUGAAGCCAACACCAGAUUUGCAGAUUCAAUUAUCAAUAAAGAUAGGGAAGCCAAAACCGAUCUGAAAGGUGAUAAGAAUAGUCUUGAUAAUGCUGCGAUUGACCAAAUUGAAGCGAGCAUCGACUCAAAAGAUGAAGUUGUUGAAAAAGCUGAACUGCUUACUGCAGAGGAUAUUCAUGGCAAGACUGGGAAAUCCGAAAACGAAGCUUCAAUAAGUAAUAAGAAGGACACUACUAAGACAGAUCCUGAAAAUUCGGAGAGUGUUAAUACCACAGGAACUGAAAAAAUUGAAUCGAGUAUAGGUUCUAAGGACUCAGUCGCAGAAUCAGCAGAAGCACUUAAGUCGAAAGAUAUCAAUAUUGAGAUGAAGGAUACCAAAGAUAAGAUUGUGAAUGAAAUCGUAACACCAGAUAAGCAAAACAAGAAUGCUAACGCGAAAGAAACAGAUCAAGUGAAGCCUGAUCAGUCAAAAGAUUCUACAGUUGAAAAAGUCAACUCUAAAAGUAUAAUAACAGAGUCUGAUGAAUCUGAUAAGUCUCCUAAUGUGCAUGCCUCAUUAGGAGAUGCUAAGGAGGUUACGGAAAUAGAAAAAGAAAAAGAUAGCACAGUUGAAAAAAAUGAGCCUCGUGUUGAUUCUGCAAGAGAUACAAAAGAAGAAGUAAGCAAGAAAGAUGUGGACUAUAAAGCUAUUGAGCAGAUCGAGUCCGAUACUAAGUCCAGUGAUAUGGUAACUGAAAAAGCGACGUCGCUUACUGCAGAUGAUAUUAAUGCAGAUUCCACCUCUAAAUCUAAGUCUGUCAUUGAUGACACAGUCACUGAAAAACAAGAGGUAGACAAGAAGGACGUAGAAGAUAAAGCUGCCGAGCAAAUUGAAUCCAGUAUUGAUUCCAAUGAUGCAGUUACUGAAAAGGCGAAGUCGCUUACUGCGAACGAUAUCACUGCCGAUUCUACUUCUAAGACUAAACCAGCCCCAAAUGAGGCAGUUACAGAAAAGGAUGAAGAGACAAGCAAGAAGGAUGUGGAGGAUAAAGCUGCUGAGCAAAUUGAAUCCAGUAUUGAUUCCAAUGAUGCAGUUGCUGAAAAGGCGAAGUCGCUUACUGCUGACGACAUAACUGCUGAUUCUACUUCUGAGACCAAAUCAGCCCCAAAUGAGGCAGUUACAGAAAAAAACGAAGAUACGAGCAAGAAAGACAUGGACGGGAAAGCUGCUGAGCAAAUUGAAUCCAGCGUUGAAUCCAAUGAUGCAAUUGCUAAGAAAGCGAAGUCUCUUACUGCAGAUGAUAUUGUAGCUGAUCCCACCUUUGAAACUAAACCAGUAACUGAUGAUACAGUUGCCGAAAAGGAGAAGUCUACUGAUGAUGCUGAUUCGUCUUCUAAGGUUGUCACCAGUGGUCCGGAUGGGGAGAAGGACAAAGAAACCAAACCGUCCGAUCUUAAAGAUACGGAAGUUUCUAAAAAGUUGGAAGCAAAAAAAGAAGUUCCGGUUACACCAUCAAAAGAUGUGGCUGCUGCUCCAGCAGCCUCAACAACUAUAGAUGAUGAUUUGAGCGACAUUGAUGUAUCUCCUGAGGAGUUACGCAAACAUUUAGAAUCUCAACCGGUCUACAUUUUCACGUCAUUAGCUGGUGGUAUGCAAAUUAUGACAAGAACCAACAGAUUAACGACUAUAUUAACUGCCAACGGUAUCAAGUUUGAAUAUCGUGAUUUAGGUACUGACGAAGAAGCCAAAAAGAUUUGGAGAAGACAAGCCAGUGGUAAGACAUUGCCGGGUGUUGUAAGAGGAGAUGAUUAUAUUGGUAAUUGGCAAGAAGUUGAUGAAGCCAACGAAGAAUACAGGCUCAGGGAGAUUCUCUAUGAAACCUUAUGA